ACAAAAAUAUAAAGGAGUGGGUCUCUAAGAACUGAAUUGUUGCUGUCUUUCAGCCAAUCAACUUUUUCCUUCCAAUACGAUGUCGUUAGAAAAUCUAGGACAAAAGGAAAGAUAAAAGCUACAUGGGGGGAUGAUAAAAACAACAAUUGCAAUGAAUGAAUUCUCACUCUCAACUUCUUCACUGCACCGCCAUAAUUCUUCAUGACAGCACACAUUUAUGGGUUUGGUGAGCUUCUUUACUGCCCCUCCCUACUUUUACCUCGCCAUACCCUUCUUACUAUAACUACUUGUCAACAAAUUAAGAUUCUACUCUUUACUAAUCAAUAUAUAUAUAUAUAUAUAUUAUAUGAUCACCAAUCAUUUUCAUAAACAUGAACAUAUAUAUAGAGAUCUAACUUACCAAAAAUAGAAUUGGAGAGUUUGGAAAUUUUUGGCCAAAUUUUAAAGAAUAAAAAGUUUUUUACAAUAUUUUAUAUAUCAAUGAAAAACCAAACUGAUCAAAUUUUCAAAAUUCAAAAAAAAAAAAAAAAAUGUAUGUUGAGAGUUUUCUCCAUAUCUCCAUAACUUUUGGUUUGUUGACUAUAUUUACUACCCAUAGUAAAGCAAUUCACCGGUAAGAGCAAUAAUGAAGGGGCAAUAUUAUUUAAGUUGAUGUGUAUCGCUCUUUCGAGCCAUUAAAUGUUUGUUCAUGUAACAUACCUGGCCAACUUUUCUUCAUAUGCUUUUUCCUAGUAGAGAGCAUUACAGAAUCCUUGUCUGAAUGCUGGCAUGGAGAUGGAGUACUACUAUUGCAGUGGUUCUGCUGGUGGUGGUUCAACUCCCGAGGCAGAUUUUUCUAUGGCCGUAAACGAUGAUCGUCAACAUCAUGAUGUUGCCAAUGCCAUGUAUUUGGUUUGGGAAGAUCUGACUGUUAUGCUUCCAAACUUUGGCAAUGGAAGACACACCAGGAGGUUACUCGAUGGCCUCAAUGGGUAUGCUGAACCUGGUAGAAUAAUGGCAAUUAUGGGCCCAUCUGGCUCUGGAAAAUCCACACUCCUUGAUUCUUUAUCAGGUAGACUCUCAGGAAACGUUGUUAUGACAGGAAACGUUCUUCUUAAUGGGAAGAGGAGGAGGCUAAAUUAUGGUGUUGCUGCUUAUGUGACCCAAGAAGAUGUACUGUUAGGAACACUAACAGUGAGAGAAACUAUAACAUACUCAGCUUAUCUGAGGCUUCCACCAACUUUAUCCAAAGAAGAAGUAAACGGCAUCAUAGAGGCGACGAUUAUGGAGAUGGGUCUCCAAGACUGUGCUGAUCGGAAUAUUGGGAACUGGCAUUUGAGAGGUAUAAGCGGUGGGGAGAAGAAGAGAUUGAGCAUUGCACUUGAAAUUCUCACAAGGCCUCGUCUUUUGUUUUUGGAUGAACCAACCAGUGGGCUUGACAGUGCUUCAGCUUUCUUCGUUAUUCAGACUCUCAGAAACAUUGCUCGUGGUGGACCAACUGUUAUCUCCUCCAUCCAUCAGCCAAGUAGUGAAGUUUUUACACUCUUUGAUGAUCUUUUCUUGCUUUCUGGUGGCCAAACUGUUUAUUUUGGACCUGCAAAAAAGGCUGUUGAGUUCUUUGCGAAGGCUGGAGUUCCAUGUCCACGUCGAAGAAACCCUUCCGAUCACUUUCUUCGCUGUAUUAAUUCGGACUUCGACAAGAUCACAACAACUUUAAUGGGCUCUAACAGGAUGGAUAUAUGUAAUAGUGGAAUCGAAAUGUGCUCAGAUCCUCUAAUGAACAGAGCAACAGCAGAGAUAAAAGCAAUGCUGGUUGAAAAAUACAGAUGCUCCGAGUACUCAUUAAUAGCACGAGAAAGGAUUCGAGAAAUCUUAACCAUAGAAGGACUAGGGAACGAAAGAAAGAGUGGGAGCCAAGCAAAAUGGUGGAAGCAACUAUCAGUAUUGACUCGAAGAUCUUUCGUGAACAUGUCAAGAGAUGUGGGAUAUUACUGGUUAAGAAUCGGAGUGUAUAUAGCAUUGUCUAUAUGUGUUGGUAGCAUUUUCUUUGAUGUUGGAACAAAUUUUGGAGCUAUCUUGGCUCGUGGAGCUUGUGGUGGCUUUUUAUCUGGUUUCAUGACUUUCAUGUCCAUUGGAGGUUUCCCAUCCUUCCUUGAAGAAAUGAAGGUGUUUUACAAGGAAAGACUCAAUGGGCAUUAUGGGGUGGCUGUGUAUAUUCUGUCAAAUUUCCUGUCUUCUUUCCCAUUCUUGGCUUUGAUGUCGCUUAGUACUGGGACUAUAACUUACUACAUGGUGAAAUUUAGGCCUGAAUUUUCUAACUACUUGUACCUCAGCCUCGAUCUGAUCAGCUCCAUUGCAACUGUGGAAAGCUCCAUGAUGAUAAUAGCUUCCCUUGUUCCAAACUUCUUGAUGGGAGUCAUAAUUGGAGCUGGAUAUAUAGGCAUCAUGAUGAUGACCUCUGGGUUCUUCCGCUUGCUGCCCGAUCUUCCCAAACCAAUCUGGCGUUACCCAAUUUCGUACAUCAAUUAUGGUGCCUGGGGAUUGCAGGGAGCAUACAAGAACGAUAUGAUCGGGCUUGAAUUCGAUUCCUUUGCACCCAAUGGCCCAAAGCUGAAAGGCGAGUUCAUUCUUAAAAACAUGCUGGGCGUUCAGCUGGAUCACUCCAAGUGGUGGGACUUGGCAGCUGUGGUCUUCAUUCUUGUAUCUUUUAGGCUACUCUUCUUUGCUAUCCUCAAGUUCAAGGAGAGAGCUUCACCUUAUUAUCGAACAUUUUACACAAAGAGAACUCUAAGAAAUCUCAAGAAGCGCUCUUCGUUCAGGAAAACAGCAGUAUCUUUCCCUUCCAAGAGGCAUCAACCCCUGCAUCCAUUGUCUGCUCAAGAGGGUUUCAAUUCUCCACUGCAUUAAAAAACUUCAAUAAAAUAUGUUAGAUGCCUGCAUAAAGAGAGAGAAUGCGGUGGCUUAAUACAACACAGCAACAAAGCAAAUUCUUUACCAAAACCUCAGAUAGAGAAUGUGUGGCAUGCAGCAGAACCAGAAUGUUGAAUUGUAUUGUGAUUUGGACAUCCCCAAUCUUAUAGAAAUAGUAUGAUAUUCAUUUAUCAAUCAAUAAUCAUUUGGAAUAUCUAACAGUAUGGAAACAUAUCACCUUUAAUAUUUCUAUCUACAUAUUGAUUUCAAUGCAUGAA